CUCCUUGUCAUCCAUGUACCGUCAUCUCCUCGGUCGACGAAAACGGCUGUGUCUGUGCUUCCUGGUGCUCUCGGGGUGGUUCUCCACCGUCGCGGUUGCGAUAUGGCCAUUCCCACCGAAGAGAUUCUCCGCCAACUCUCUCGUCGACGCGGGGUCCAUGGGCAUCAACGUCGAAGGCCGAAUCAUUGCAUUCGGAGACUUCAAUGGCGAUCAAUAUCUUGACGCGCUCACGCUAGGUGCCGACCAGCAGACUUUAACGGUUUAUCUAUGGGACCACGGUGCGUAUCCUUGGGCAGCUGCGGGGGCGAUCAGUGACCAGCAUGAACUAGAGGAGUACCUCUUCAAAAAGUCUUCGAGCCUACAGCAUCCACGCAAGAUCUACAAUGUCGUUCCCGGGGACUUCACGCACUCAGGAAAGCUGGACCUUCUUGUCAUGGCGCAAAGCUCAACGAGCAACCGAUUGGACCUCUCAGUAUACCCUGCGUUACCGGGAGCCGUUUUUGACACGAGUAACCCGCUAUCUGUCCCGGCAUCGAGCUCACCACAACCCAUACCCAUCGAUGUCGACGGAGACAUGAAGAUUGACAUGCUUGGGAUGACACAGGACUCGGAAGGCUCUAGCUCCCUGCUUCAAGUAUGGCGGAAUGUCUGGAACGAAACAGACCCGCAUUCUCAUCUGUUCAAUGUUGGGGAGCCUCUCUUCCAUGGCGAGCAGUGCAAGAUAGCCAACCCGCACAGCAAUGCAGUUAUAGACUUUGAUGGAGAUUGUCUUGCAGACCUCUUCAUAUUGUGUGAGGAUGGGCACGGCGGGAAAAUCUAUCAGAUCUGGAUCAAUAGCAAGGCGGUGGUUUCUUGCUUGCCUCACAAGGCGCAAUGCCUGCUGGUGUGCAAACUGUGUCGUUCGCGGAUGUUGGCGAGUAUACUAGACCGUGACGGUACAAUCGAUAUGGUCUUCACGACCUGCUCCUCGGUAUCGACUUCGACUGGAAUCGGCAAUGAUUGUGCCAUCAAUAUCGCCUACAAUUCACAACUCCCUCUUUGCACUGCUACGGCUGACUCGGGCCUCAACAAGGGCGUGCGGACGUGUCGUCCGCCAGAAGAUCUAUGCGUGUCAGAUCCGUCUUUUAAAUUUGACCUGUCGAAUAGCGCUAUCUUUGUUCGCAUUCCGAUCACGUCUAUCGUUCCUGACUCGUCUUUACUCGUUUAUGACACUACACAAAUCCCGGCCCUGCCACUGGCACUGAAGCUGGGAGAUGCCAACCUGGAUGGGUUCCCUGAUAUGUUACUCAUCGUUGUCUCCAACCAGAAUCAUAUUCCAAGGCUGCUGUUGUCCACUGCCUGUGCUCAUGGAAUCGCUGGAUGCGACCAGGGCCCGAAGAAACGUGGAUGGGCUGUUGCGAGCAAAGGCACCGAAGCCUUGGACAAGGUCCAAGAUGCGCGGGGUGUCGCGUUUCUGGAUAUGGACGAAGACGGAUCUUUGGACAUCCUUGUUCAGCGCACAGGGUCGUUUGGCCAAGGCAACAUUCUGUUUGUUCAGAAUAACUACUACUAUGAUGCGUUUUUCUUGAAAGCGAUCGUCCUAAAUGGGGCCUGCGGCAACGGCUGGUGCUACGGACCCAAUGGCACGGAAAAAUAUCAUCCUUUCGGAGUCAGUUACUCCGGAGCAACCUACAAAUACACUGUUUUGGACACAACCGGCAGUCGGUCAGCCGCGCAAGUGGGUCAACUUCCGCAAACAUCAUAUCAGUCGCUGCAGACUCCGUACUCGUUCAUCGGACUGGGUCGAACCAACAAUUACAUCGAGAACCUCUUCGUCGGAUCAACCAUGCACACGGAGCAACAUUACAUCAACAUUGAAGGUGUCAUACCCAACUCCAAGGUCGUCAUCCUUCCACCAUCAAAGGAAGGCGACCCUUGGAAACGCGAGCUAUUUUUGCGACCGGGAGAUUGGAUCCCAUGGGUGACUCUUACUGUGGUAAUCGGCAUGAUACUGCUCGCGGUCAUUGUGCUGGUGCUGCAUCUGAACGAGAAGAGGGAAGACGAGUUGGAGAAGCGAAGAGCAUCACAUCACAUCAACUUUGAUGCAUUGUAAUGGACUCAUCCUAGUUCUCAUCUGUAUAUUACCAUGGAACUCUUUAUUAUAUCGACUGGUAUAGAGCAUGUAUGUGCAUGAAAUUCGCUUUGAUUCUGGGCCGUCGACCAAUCAAUUUCCCUCUACUGCGUAAAGGUCGCGACUCUGGUACUCGCGGCUCUAAAAGAAAGCAUGGCAUUGGCAAUCGGUCCAGUAUCCUUGACUACUUCUUCGGGGGUCUCUUCUUCACCUCGUCUUCCUUGCAGGCAUGCAACAUAAUCUUAUUGGGAUGUCCUGUUGUCAUUCCACCGUGCCCCUUAUGCCAGUCAUACGAGAUGCUGUAUGCGAAGAUCGACCCGUCUCGACUGAACGCAGUGCUGGAAAUCGGGCCAGGCUGCGUAUCAAAUGCUUGGAGGAAGAAACCGAUAGAUCCGUCUCCCCCUGUCGAAGUCGGUCAAUGCCACGACGAAAACACACGCAUACGCAUACAUACCACAGGUACUGAAUGUCCCUUGCACAGGGUGGAAUGAUAUAUCGUUCACCGCGAACACGUUGAUGUUGUUCUUGUUGUUGGGUGUCACUUCGACGCGGUGGCAACGGAAUGAGAAAUUGUUUCUGACAGAGAGGUGAGU